UUACUAUAUAAUGGAGCAAUGUUUUCAAUUGAUCAUGAUGUCCAAGAAGGUGAAAAGCAAGAUGGGUUAGUUUGGGUUAUUAACUCAACCAAGUCUCGCAUAUCCAGUUCAGUUAAAGGUUGUAAGGCUGCAUCAGAUGAAGAGUCGACAGAACAUUUCAUUAGUACUAUGAAGGAAAAGGAUGUCAAAAUAGAUAGGUUCGAAGUAAGAGGAAAAGCAUGGACUCGUCGAAGGCUUGUUCUGACAGGAAGUGAUGGUGCGUUCCAUGUGCUGCAAUGGAAACAACACAAAACAAGAAAGAUGAAUGUUGGCUCGGCAACUACUUCUGGUGAGAGCGAGCGGCUGUCACGUGGGUUGGAGGAGGAGAACUCAGCGGGAGUCAAGGAGCUGAGGGCUUUGAUUCAAGGUGUUGAAGCCAGAAUCAGUGCACAGUUGAAGGACUUUGAGACAACAAUUUCCACUCGGUUCUCUCCGUUCGAAUCCCGAAUUCAGAGCAUGGACAUACGACUACAGGCAAUAGAGCAGGAGAGAGCCGAGUCUACGGGGACCAAUGUAUGGUAGAGUGAUGGAGAGAUAGUGUAAGUAAGUUGAUGUGGACUCAAGCGUGAGGGAUGUGUAUCCCUUAGCUACUAAGACGAUGUUAGCCUAAUCACUGCCGCUUUUUACACUGCGGCUUUUUACACUA